CCCUAGAUGAUAUCAGCAAUAGAAACUAUGAAUUGUGAAAUUUAUUUCAUUUUAAUUUGUGUAUUUUAGGUUUUUACAAACUUUCUAUAUUGCGUGAACUUAUAAACGUUGCAAUUUUGUAUAAUUAUUCCUAAAUAGAUAUUGUUUCUAAGUACUGCAUCUCGUUAAGCUGUUCUGAGUUCAGGAGAAUAAUAUUUACAUCAUGGAGAAGAAAAGGCACGAAUCAAACAAAUUAAAAGAAUAUGAAUCCAUCAUUAGCUCUCAGAAAGAACACAUUAAUCGCUAUGAAAAUCGGCUCAAGGAUAUUAUCGUGGCGUACAAAGGUAUUGUCAAAGAAAAAGCAGCAUUAGAAGAAACCUUAAAAGCACUUCAAAAAGUUAAUGAUGGCAAGGAGGCUAUCUUGGCUAAUGGACUUCAUGAAUGUUCUGAGGCAGUUUUAGCCUCUGGAUCGGUUGAAGGACAACUACAAACACUAAUGAACAAUCUCACCACUAUCACAGCGGAACGCAACCGGAUCGAGGAAGUGUCAAAAUAUGAAAGAAAUCAACUUCGCCAAAAACUGGCAAACAAGGAUUCCAUUAUAGAAGAACUGUCGCGACGUAUUAAAGAUUUCGAAUCUCAAUCACAAUUCGAGAUGAGCAGUUUCAAUCCAAAUACGCCUGUAGACUACGGACCGAGGACGGGACCGUCUGAAGAUCAAUCUGUGAAAAUUCGGGAGUUGAAGAAAUUACUAGAUGACGAGCGUAAUCUAAACGAGCAAUUAGAGCUACAGCUUGGAAAUUUGAAAACUCAGUUUAUGGUUAUUGCUCCGGACCGACACACCGUUUCGAAAAAACUUGUCGAUCCAAAGAAGACAACACCAACAGACUGCGAUUCAAAAGGAACUAAUAAUAGUUCAAUCAACUUAAAAGAAUCUUUGCGUGAGUUGCAAGAUGAAAUGAACCAUCUAAAGAAACAGUAUGCAAUUGCUGUAGCAGAAGAAAAACAACGUGUCCGUCUGGCAGAAGAAAACAGCAAACGUUUGAGAGAAAUACACGAGGAGCGUGUGGCUAACUUUGAAUCCCGCAUCAAAGAACUUAGUGAAAUGGUAGGCAGAUACGAUCGUAUAAAAGAGCAGGAUAAAGUAUACAUUUUGCAAUUAAAAACUGCAAUUGCGAACUUAAAAACAAAGCGAGUGGAAGAAAACAAUGAUUCGCCUCAAUAUGACCGGGAAUCCAUAGAGGACGGUUAUGGUGCAGGACAGUUAUUGGUAGAAAAUCAUUCAACAGGAGGUAUUACAGAGAGGAAAGAGGAUUUAAGUUUUUUAGCUGAGAUAGCACCAGAAGAUCAACAUGCAGAUGAAACGAACGAAUUAAAAAUGUAUAAACGGCGUUACGAACAAGCAAUGGAUGAAAAUCAACGACUGAAAAGAGAUCUUCUUUUAUGUCAAGAAAAUGUUUCGCAACUAAAACAAAAAAUUGGUAUUCAAAAACAAUCAACAGCUCAGCUAGAAUUCGAUUUAAAACAAAAAAUAACAGAUCAACAUAUAGCUCUUAAAAAUGAAUCCGUCAAACAUACGGAAGCGUUGAUUGCAUUGCAAGCAUCAUUUGAGAGAAAAAUCACACAUCUUCAAGAUUCGUUACAAAAUCAGCGCGAACGUUCGCUUGCGGUGAUGGAUGAGAAAGAGGAAGAAAUUAAAACUCUUCGAACCUCUCUUGAAAUACUUUCACUUUCUUCGGCUUCUGCUACUCAAGAGUUCCAUAACGAUGCAAUAGGCAAUCUGCUAGUUGAUCGUUCGGAUAGUAAUUCCGAACCAUCAUUUAUGAUGGUAACAUCGCUUCAAUCGCUAUCUGAGGAUCAUCAGCAUUUGAUUCACUAUGCACAAGAAAUUGCACGAAUGAAUGUAGAGAUCAGUGCUCUAAGAACUUCAAAAAACUCGUCAGAAGCCUCGUUGCGCAAACUUGCCCAAGAAAAGUUAAUGAUUGAAGAAACUUACAAAACUCAAAUAUCGGCAAUGGAAAAAGAGAUGGAACGUUUACGAAGGAAUCGACAAUUAGAAGGAUCAAAUUUGGAAUAUUUAAAAAAUGUAGUUCUAAGUUUUUUAUUAUCAAAGGAUACUGAAUGCAAGAAACAUAUGACCAAUGCAAUAGCAGCAGUUUUAAAGUUUGAUGAAAAUGAAGUGAAAGCCGUAAAUAAUAUCAACUAUUGAUCAUGCUGUGAUCAUGAUCAUUCCAUAUCCCAAAACAUACACCAAAACAAACCUUAAGACCUAAUUUUACCCAGGAUAUGGUAAUUGUGAGCAGGAAAUGGAAAUAAAAAUAUUAGAUAUUGGCUGCUAUCAUUGCAUCCAUUCGUA